AAAGGGUGCCGUUGCAAAGGCGGAACAUCAACAGACCAGAAGGUAAACAGUGACAGGCGGCGGCGGACACGUGUUGAGAACUAGCCCCAUAAAACACCCACGAAGAAGAAGUGUUGGUGCGGGGUAUAUGGUCCUGAACCGGGGCGAGGCGCUGACCUGAGGAGGAGACUGCUGCCCAUGGAGAAACCACCCCAGGGAGAGACUGCUGCUCCGUCUGCUGAAGUCUGAAGGAGACCAUUGGAUCCGUGUUGGUCAGGCUGGACAGGCGGCAUGGAGGGGGGAGGCAGCGAGGGCCACCACCAGCGGGAGGAGGUCUUGAGUCACGUGGUGGACACAUCGAUAUACACCCCCAUGACCCAGCCCGGCGCCCUGCAGCCAGCCCACUUCCUGCCACCCUUCUCGUCUGAGCUGGUGCUUGUAACUCUGCCUGAUGUGGUGAAUCCCAUGAACUUGAUCAACUCUGAAUUGGUGAUUGGAGGCAGGAAGGACAGUCAGCUGGUGGCGGGGAAACACAAGUACAGAGUGACCACCUACCCAGCCAGCCAGGACACCACUUGGCUCCCCAGUCUCUUCCUCCCGGACCAAGACGGCAAGCUGACGAAAGUUACGUCAGACAUCAAGGCUUUCCUGGUGGUGAAGGGGGAGGUGGAGGAGGAGGAAGAGGAUGGGAAGAAUCGAGUGGACAUUGAAGCACUCCGUUCCAUCCCUUGCAAGCUGCCGAAAAAUUUACAGAGGCGGGAUUUCCUUGGCAAAAGUCGGCGAGUGGAAACAUUGGCGGAAAAUAUCAAGCCGACCAAGAGGAAGAAGAAAGGUGUUGGUAGUCUGCCCAGCCCAGACGACUCAGGGCAGCCCAGUGGUAAGGAUCGCACCUCAAGGAAGAAGAAGAGAGGCGAGGUGCUGUCCCCUCACAUGAAAACCUCAGGAAGUCCAACUGAUAAGAAGCAUAAGGUUUUGCCCAACGCAGAGGAGCUUGGGAGCCACAUCAAAAGGACGAUCAAGAAGGAGAAAUUAUAACCUUUGAGUGAAUGGUUCCGUGGUCAUCAAGUGAAGAAUAGCAGAAUAGAACAAAACAACAGAAUAUAGGGUCCGCUUUCAGUCACAUGUUUGUUUUGAUUGUUACCAAUGGCGGCGAUCGACACAAGGGGCCAGUAGGUUCACACGGAUUGGGCAGCUCCUGUAAGCCCCUGACCAUCUGUCCUCCCUAUCCAGGAAUGUCUGAUCUUUUCUUGAAGGGAGCCUGAUGUGACGUGGUGUAUGUGGUGUCUGGUGUGCUGUGUGAGAUGGUGUGGCUGGGUGUGGUAUGAGGUAUGGUGUGUCUCUGGGUAUGGUGGUUGGUUUGUGCCUGUCUUUAUCCAGUCUGAAUUUAUCCAACCUAAUCCAUUGCUCUGUGUCCUACCCGGCUCUUUUAGUGGUAGGUCUUGGUUGACAUCACCCUGUUCAUUCAUCCAUCAAUCAUUAGUAAAUAUAUCCUUGCCUGUCUU